AUGAAUCUCGAGGAGCUGGAAGACAUGGCAGUCAAAGUUCUCUAUGUUCGAUACGACCUAAGCGAAUACCGACAACAGCAGCCACACCACGACCAGCGGCUAAAGUUCGAGUCAUCGCUGUCUUUGCAGUACAUUGCUAAAGACGGCACAGCAAUUACAGUGCCUGCUGAGCUCAGGUGGAGAUGUGUGGAGGUUCUUCUAGGUUCGCUCCCUCCGGAAGAAACUGCCGUGGACGUUGGACAGGGGCUUGUCGACCUCAUCCUCAGGUGUCCCUCCAGUGCCUCCAGCCAUUCGUGCCUGGUGUGGAGCCUCGAUGCAUGCGACGCUUCAUGGGCUGCAGGUGUGUUCUGGCCUUUUGGUGCAAAAUGCAAACAGCUGUGCUUCUUUGCAGAGCUGUAUGGAGGGGCUUUCGCGGUGGUGUACGGACAGGCGGAGUGGGUAGGGCGCGUGCCUCUGCCGGAUUGGGCCUCAACCGAAACAACCACUCCUCAGUACGAGGAAACAGCGCCCUCCGCCUCGCAGCGCUCUGGCGAGACUCCCCGCAGCGAAGCCCCCUCACGCGAAGACAGGAAGGAGCAGGAGGAUACAGACAAACGGAAGUUGGGGGGCAGCAGCGAUCCCCGCCUCACUAGCGGCGGCCACUUAGAGAGCGCCACCUGCGCAGAUGCGGCUGAAGAAGUCUCGCAGCAACAGCAGGACCAGGUGCAGCAGCAAGUGCUCAUUCCCAAGUUGCAGCUUCGCCCUAGUCUGCAUGCGCCCAGAUUACCCAAGCCUCCCCCCCCUAGACCUGGAGGUGGCAGCGUUAGCAGUGUUAGCAAGGACACAAGUAGUCCAGCGAGCGAUCCUAAAUACGGCAAGCGAAGAAGAGGGGAAGAGCGAGAGAGUGGAGGUGCAGGGGCAAGGCGGCAGGCAGCGUGCGACGCGCGGAAAGGAGGGGCAGGGCUUGGGAGCUAUAAUGUACUUCUAGUUAGCUGGCUAAGAAGUGUCGACGUAGCCAUAAUUGGAGAGAAGUCGCUCACCGGGAAGAUAGGAGUAGGCCUCGCAACAUAG